AUGAUUAGCACGGCCUUCCCUUCCAUUCCUUCCACCGCACGCUUCACUUCCCCCGCCUCUCCGACGGCCAACCGCCUCGCCGGAAUAGGCCCCUCCGCCGCCGCCGACGCCGCGGGUGAGAUGGAGCCAGGGAGAGACGAGGAGGACGAGGACGCCAGUGCAGGGGGCGCUCCUAAAGGCCGGUUUCUCGCCCAGCGCGGGGUAAAGGAAGACGACGACGACGCGGAGGAGGAUUAUUCCGGGGGAGGGAGCGGGGAAGACGACGACGACGAAGACGAAGACGACGAUGCCUCCGGCGUUUCGCUUGGAACCAUCGGCAGCGACGCGAUCAUGCUCCCGCCGGGGAUGAAGAACGCCCACGUGGCGAACCUCCUGCGCGCGAGGAAGCUGAUCCUCGUCCUGGACUUGGACAACACGCUCAUCAACUCCGUCGGAUUUCGCCGCUUCUCCCCCACAGAGAAAGCCAACGGGUUCACGAAGGAAAUCAGAGAUGAUCCGAGCAGGGGCCUGUUCCGAUUGGAGCCCUACCGCGUCUCCACGCUCACCAAGCUCAGGCCGUUCGUCCAUGAAUUCCUGCGGGAAGCGAGCGGCAUGUUCGAGAUGCACGUGUACACCCUGGGGGGAAGGAGCUACGCGAGGGCGGUCGUCAAGCUGCUCGACCCCGACGGCGUCUACUUCGGCGAGAGGAUCAUAUCGUUCGACGACUCGUCCCAGCCAUACAGAAAGAGCCUCGACGCCGUCGUCGGGCCGUCGUCGGCGUCGGCAACCGAGCACGCCGCGGUGGUCAUCCUUGAUGACAAGGCGCGAGUCUGGGACGGGUACAACGACAACCUGAUCGAGAUGGAGCCGUACCUCUACUUCGCCUCGGACUGCCGGAGGUACGGGUCCAAGGCGGCGCAAUCCCUGGCGGAGCGGAGGCUGGACGAGAGCGAGAGCGACGGCGCGCUCGCCGUCACACUGCGCGUCCUGCGGCAAGUCCACUACUGCUUCUUCUCCGGCUCCGUGUGCUGCGGCAGCUUCUCCGACGUGAGGGAGUUGAUCAGGCAGAUGCGGCGCGAGGUGCUGCGCGGGUGCACGGUGGUGUUCACCGGGGUGAUCCCGCCCGAGGUUGUCCAACCCAGCUGCCACGACAUGUGGAGGAAGGCCGAGCAGCUCGGCGCCACCUGCUCCGACGACGUCGGUCCGGAGGUCACCCACGUCGUCGCGGCGAACCCGAGCACCUCCGAGGCGCGGUGGGCGCAGGAGCACGGCAAGUCUCUCGUCAACCCGAGGUGGAUCAGCGCUGCGCGUUUCCGGUGGAGCAAGCCGAAGGAGGAAGAUUUCCCCGUGAAAGAAGAGAGUUGA